AGAGUGAAAGACUCAGAGCCGAAGCAGACGCUCAGGAAACCAAAGAUUUUGUUGUUGCUGAGCAAAAAUGAAGUAAAGAGAGAAAAUGUGACGUAAACGGAGGAGAAAAAGAACCAGACGAGGAGGAGUAGGAGGAAGAUUUAUGGUAGCCUAAUGAUGAUGUCAUACCUGGCAAACACCGCCCACCUGCAGUUCUUCUUCCUGGUUGGAGGAUUCCUGGCCUGGAUCCUGACCACAACAACCACGGGUCUGAACGAGUGGCGUCUGUGGUAUUUAAAUGACACGUCCAUCGUCACAUCGGGCGUAGCUUGGGUGGGGAUCUGGAGAGCAUGUUUCUACAGCCAUGUUUUGACAGGGGUGGAAUUCUGUCAGUACAUGGACCUGACCCAGGACUUCGUCCCAGUUGAAGUCUCCGCAGCUCAGGUGAUGAUGAUGAUGGCGGUCAUCUGUGGCUUGGCUGCCAAUGUCAGCGGGGCCACAGCCUUGAGGAUGGCAUAUUUCUCUGUCAGGGGGCGGAGUCACCUGGGGCAGCUGUUCGUCCUGGCAGGAAGUCUCUACAUUUGUUCUGCAGGACUCUCACUGGUACCUGUAGUCUGGAACAUGAAGUCAGUCCUGGGCAACAGUACUAUAGAGUUCCCACCACAGUUCCACCUGCCAGCAGCACCACUCAGGCAGCAGGUGGGCUCGGCUAUUGGUUUGGGCGUCGUCUCCUCCAUCUUGAUGCUAUUUAGUGGAUUGGUAUUUCUCUCCUAUCCCUACGUACAACAAACUAAGGUCAGAGGUCAGAGCAAAGGGAUCGAUGCUGUGAGCAGAACAGUGGAUGAGGUCAGAGUGGGUGGAGCCAUCUCUUAAUGGUGACAUCAAGUUUGUUUAUAUGUGUUCUUCAACGUCUGAAUAAAAAGCCCAGAGGUCCUAGGGUCACACAGGUCAGAUCCAGGUUCAGAGGCAAAAUGUCAGUCUGUCAUAGAUUCAGGGGCGUGGCCAAGAAUACACAUCACAUGAAGGAAAGGACUAAUGUGAUCAUGUGAUGUAAGUGGAGGAGGCUGACUAAAGCAGUCAGAGUGGACAAACCAGUGAAGACCAUGGGUGGACCAGCAGCUCCUGUACCAGCUGAUAUGAUUGAUUAUUCCUAUGUGAGGAAAUAACACAGAGUCUGCAGUCAGUGAACCUUGACCUCGAGAAGUUUAGUCAGAUAGAACUCUGAUAGGACAAAGUUAUCUGUUCAUCUCUAAUCAGCAAUAAAAAUUCUAAUCUCCUGGAUUAAGACUUUGAACUUUGUCGUGUCAAGAGUCAGAAACAUUAAAGGCGCUGUCCAUAUCAAUCAAUCAAUCAAUAAUCCAUGAUCAAAAGUCAGUAAAGGUUAAUGUAAAAAAAAGUAACUGAUCCCUUGUAAACAACUGUAUUGUAUUAGCAAAAGCAUUUCUCCUCAUGGGGCAGUGUUGAAUCAAAAAACAGUUCGAAUCACUCGAGUUGAUGAUAGAACCAGUGCGGUAAAGGAAACAACGAUGCUGCACCACAGAGCACUGAGACGCUUGAUUGACCGUGAAGCCGAGCUCUCAGCUGGAUGUGAAGAACCCCCCCCA